UGCAUUCAUUUGUAGUGCGUGGAGUCGCCAUGCUUUCCGUUUCACCCCUUGCUCCAGUCAGCAUCCCUUCGCACCUCGCACCUGGCUUGCAGCCUUCGGCGCACACAAGCUCAGCCUCUAGCGCUGGGUGCCGCUGGCCGUCCAGUGCUGUGGGUCUCCUGGGAGCAGUGGGGGUAGCCCGCAGCCGCCGCAAGGCGGUGGUGACAGGGGUUGAGAGGAAGAGCAAGGUGGCACGGGCUCCAAAACCCAAGGCCAGCUUCAACUGGGAGAAGCAAUGGUAUCCGGUGUUGCCACUUUCCAUGUUGGAGGGAUCGGGGCCUGAACCCAUCAAGCUGCUUAACAAGGAUUUGGUGCUUUGGAAAGAUGGCGAUGGAGAGUGGCGGUGCAACAGUGGCAUUUGUCCACACCGCCUGGCCCCUUUGGCACAUGGCAGGGUGAACUCCGAUGGCCAGCUGAUGUGUCGUUUCCAUGGCUGGUGCUUCAAGGGCAAUGGCUCUUGCAGCAAAGUCCCCAUGGCCGAAGGGGAUGAGGAAGCCAAAGCCAGAUUGCUGGGGCAGGAGCGCAGUAAGUUGGCUUCCUACCCCACCAAGAUCAAGAAAGGCUUGUUGUUUGUGUGGCCUCAUGCUGGUAGUGAAAAAGAGGCACUUGGAAAGGAUCCGUUUGUUCCUGAGGAGUUGUCUGAAAGUCCAAACUGGAGCUGCUUUGAUGUGCCUGCAGGUUGGAGAGUGUGGCUUGAACAAAGCUGGGAUCCCAGUCAUGCACCCUUCUUGCAUCAAUAUGCCUUGCCCAACUUUGCUCCGGAAUAUGCUUCCGCGAUGGAGCCCUUCCAAAUUCAGGAUUUGGGUGAUGAAGGUUUGAAGGUUAGCCAUGGUGGCUACAUGCAAAGCAAUAUGGGUAUGAAAGCCGAUCGACGAUUUAUGCCACCGUGUGCCAACUCGACUUCGUACUUGUAUCCGGAUGGUCGCAUUAUCGGCUUCAAUUUUUAUUUCAUUCCCACUGAGCCUGGGAAGGUCCGGCAAAUCACGACAUCGUAUUUUGUUCCAAGCAAAGAUGAAGAGUCCAAGCAGAAGAGCAACCUCUCUGGGAACAUGAUGCAGAUGUCUAAGGUUGUGCUAAAAGGUCGCAGCUUGGGCAGCGCCGAGACCAAGGUGCGGCGCAGCUGGGUGACCUCCGCCCUGGCUUGGAGCCAGGAGCGCUGGCCGGAGCUGGGCCGGAUCCGACGGGGCCUGGCUGCAUGGAAACUGCUACAGGGCCUUCUUGGGGAUCAAGACAACACCAUUCUCUCGUUCCAAGAUUCCGUGGGAUUGCCAGCUGUUCAGCACGGGCAGCUACGCCAGCCCCGAGUGUCAGAGAAGUAUGGUGGACCAGCAAGUGAAUAUCUUCUGGAAACCAAUGCCGAUGCUCUGGUGGCCCGUUUUGGUGCCUGGAUCGCGGAACGCGGGGGUGGGCCCUUUGGAUCCCUGAAGAAGGACCCGGAGCCUGUGGACCAACAGAUGGUCUUCGAUCGCUGGAUGGCGCAUACCUCCUUCAGCAAGGAUGCACAGGCCGCCCUGUCCUUCCUCUCCCGCCUUUCCGACAUCGCCGAGCGCCUGGUGGCCUGGAGCUGCCUGGCCGCAGCGGCGGCGCUGGCACUGGGCCUGGUGCGGCUGGCGGCGCUGCCGCUGCUGGGGGCGGCGUUGGGGAGCUGGGGAGCCAAGAAGGCGAGGAGGAAAGCGCAAGGUUUCCUGAGUGCACUGCCUUUACCUCCUGCACUUCCAAAACGAAAACUGUGGGAGUGAGGGCUUCACCUCCGAACAGCAGGAGAAAAGAGCAGUGCCAAUGUGAAGG